GGCUGCUGGUGAGCCUGGUAGGGAGCUCCGCUUCUCCGGCUGCUCGAGUUAAAGUUUAUGGUUAAAGUAACCGGUUAGCGAAGCCCCGCCGCGGUGACUGGAUAUAUCGGCGAAUUCCUGCUUCAGUCCGUUUAACGGGAUGUUUGCGGUGUUUUUCUGUUAGAGACUUCUUUAAAACGAAGCUUUGAGAUUUUUUCUCCGAGGUGAGCGAGUCCUGCGCGAGAGAAAGCAGCCUGUAGUAAGGUUCACACAAGCCACUUUAUCAUAACUCGGAGAGGUCCGGAAGACACCCUUGGAUCACACACACAUCCACACACACUCACUCACACACACACUCACCCAGCAUCAAACCCAUCCCACCACUGCACUCUGGAAUCCAGGAUCUGUGACUUUCUAUACUUUUUCGCUGCGACGGUGUUCCGCUCCACUCAGAAGACUCAUUGGAUAACAACUUUUUUUUUUUCCACAUUUUUUUCUUAAGUAAAAAAAAAAAAAAAAAAACUCAGGAAACUUGAACAUCCCCCCCCCAGCUUUCUGGACUUUGUAACGGAUCUAACUGGGAUCAUUGUGUUUAUUAUGCACUUCAAUGGCUGCCAGUGGCUCAGUGGCUAGAAUGGGGGAUGAGGAGAAUUCCGUUCAUGUUUGCUACAGGAUGGAGGCCUCUUGUCUGGAGCUGGCUCUGGAAGGGGAGCGCCUCUGUAAAGUGGGUGAUUACAGUGGAGGGGUGUCGUUUUUUGAGGCUGCCAUACAAGUGGGCACUGAGGACUUGCAGGUGCUGAGCGCCAUCUACAGCCAACUGGGCAAUGCCUACUUCCAUCUGCACAACUAUACCAAGGCUCUGGAGUUUCACCAUCAUGACCUAACACUAACCAGGACAAUGGGUGACCUGCUAGGUGAGGCUAAAGCCAGCGGUAACCUGGGGAACACUCUGAAGGCAUUAGGGCGCUUUGACGAAGCUGUGGUAUUCUGUCAGAGGCAUCUGGACAUCAGCAAAGAUGCUGGAGACAAGAUGGGGCAGGCCAGAGCUCUGUAUAACUUCGGGAAUGUGUAUCACGCUAAAGGAAAGAAUGCCUGCACCAACGAUUCAGAACCUGGAAACUUCCCAGAGGAAGUCAGCACUGCACUCGCAAAGGCUGCAGAGUACUACGAGGGAAAUCUGUGCAUCGUGAAGGAGCUUGGAGAUCGUGCAGCUCAGGGGCGCACUUGUGGAAACCUGGGAAACACUCAUUACCUGCUCGGCAACUUCCGCAGUGCCGUUUCAUCCCACCAACAGCGACUCCUUAUUGCUAAAGAGUUUGGUGAUCGGCCCGCGGAAAGGCGGGCUUACUGUAAUUUAGGAAACGCCUACAUCUUCCUCGGGGAGUUUGAUAAAGCUGCUGAGCACUACAAGAGAGCUCUGCAGUUGGCGAGGCAGCUAAAGGAUCGGGCAGUGGAGGCUCAGACUUGCUACAGUCUGGGCAACACCUAUACAUUACUGCAGGACUAUGAAAGGGCUAUCGACUAUCACCUCAAACAUCUCAUUAUUGCUCAGGACCUCAACGACAGGAUUGGUGAAGGCCGUGCUUGCUGGAGUUUAGGUAAUGCUCACACAGCGCUGGGGAAUCACGAUCAGGCCAUGCAGUUCGCAGAGAGACAUCUGGAAAUUUCUAAAGAGACUGGAGACCGCAGCGGUGAGCUCACUGCCCGUAUGAACGUGUCUGACCUCCAGAUGGUCCUCGGCCUCAGCUACAGCACCAACAACUCUGUCUUAUCAGAGAACAAAGAAAUUGACUAUAAUCUGCACGGAGCAAGACCCAGGACAGGCAGACGGCAUAGCAUGGAGAACCUGGAGCUGAUGAAACUUACACCAGACAAGCUAAACGGUCAGAAGUGGGGCAGUGAAGUUCUGUGUAAGCAGUCGAAGCCCACACUGACGAAGUCCUCUUCUAAACUGUUCUUCGUAAACCGUCUGCGGGGUAAGAAGGGAAAAAACGGCUCCACAAAAGUUCUGCAGGACACCAGCAACACACAGGAGACCCCUCAGAACCAGCCUGCACAAAAACGUGCCAGUGUAGAUAUGCUGGGUGAUGAGGGCUUCUUUGACCUGCUGAGCCGUUUCCAGGGCAACAGGAUGGAUGAUCAGCGCUGCUCUAUUCAGACGGGGCGGGGUCGCCAGGCCAGUGCCGUCUCUAGCUCCUCCUCUUCUGCUUCUUCCAGUCCUCCAACAAGCAUGAAGAAAUCUUACUCUGAGUCUGCAGUGUCGCCUGGGCAGGAGGCGUUUUUCGGGGCUCUGGCGAAUGCUCAGGGCCGAAGGUUAGAAGACCAGAGAGCCGUGGGGAGUUUACCUGGACUGCGGAGCCUCCAAUCCAGCCAAAGCUGCAGCAACAGACAGGCCGUCCUCAACCAGCUAAUGGCCAAUGAGGACGCUUCAGAACCGGAUGAGCAGUUCUUCGACAUGCUGGUGAAGUGCCAGGGCUCUCGUUUAAACGAUCAGAGGUGUGCCCCUCCUGCGCCAGCCCGCGGCCCCACUGUCCCGGAUGAGGACUUCUUCAGCCUCAUCCUCCGCUCUCAGGCCAAGAGAAUGGACGAGCAGAGAGUCACGUUACCGUCCACACACGCAGCACGAGCACUGUGCAAAUAAAUCUGUGUACAAUCUAUAGUCAGUCUAUCUGUAUAUAUAAUGUGUAUAAGUCAGACACCAGGAACCACCCAAGAGUCUGAAUCAGAAUUAAUUCGGUGCUCAAGAUGGCAGCUAUCAGUAUAAUGGAGGAGUAAGGUUUCAGGGAGGUAUGUCAUUAAACAAAAUGUUAAUAAUGAUCAAUCUAACAUUCUGUAUCUUCACACUACUGGUUUCUGACACACAGUGUGUUUAAAUAUACUCCAUGCACUGAACAGUCAAAAAAAAAACACAUCUGCAGGUUUAGUAUACAUAAUCUACUGAGCUCUACUCUGGUCCAGAGUUACCCAGUCUUGGUUCUGGAGUGCUUCUGCAACGCACAUCUUUGUUCCCUCCUCACUCUCAACACUAGUGACUCAACUCAGGAGUUUUUUCAUGAGUUUAAUGUGAGUUAGGCUUAACUAGUACAGCAAAUACAGCUUCUCUCUGUUUUAGUUCUUUUCAAAAGAUCUGCUCUUUAAUCAAGGAACUAACAGUGUUGGGCAGGGCUCCUUAUUCCCAAUCUAAAACCCUGCACCUUCCUACCUAAUCUCACACACCUGAUCCAGGUAAUUAAGGUUUUUAGGGACCUGUAAACAUGCUAGACCAGGGUUGGGCAAUUCCAGGCAAAGAGAGCCAGAUUCCUGAAGAACUAUGUAUUAAUUUACAAGUGAUGCAAACAGUAUUUCCCAGUUUUUUUACACCACUCUCUUUUUUGCAGCCCUUAAGCAAAAAAAUAUAUAUAAUCCACUACUGCCCAAGACUGGAUUUCAGUUCUGCAAUGUUUUAUAUUUAUCCCCAACAGUACUUAGGACUGGAGUUUUAGCUCCUGGAAUUCUGGAAAUGCAUUUACUUCAUAUUUUAAUGAAGUGUUAUUUUGGAAUAUAGUUGCGUUUGGAAUAUAAUGCCAGUUGCGAGUAAUGGCAUUGUAUUUUUACCUUGUAAAAAAAGAAUAUUAAGCACAUUUUUUUAGCUUAUUUAGCAUGAAUGUUUAAGACAGUAGCAAUGGAUUGUGUGUGUUAAGUUUUAUUUGUAUUUAUGUUUUUAUUUCUUUUAUCAUGAAGAGGAGUGCAUGUGUAUAGGAUGAAUGACUUGCCACGGUAGGAAAUAACAUUUAUUUUACAUAAGCUGUUUUAGUUAGAACCGGUACAAUGUAGUGUAUAUAAAUUUGUUUUUGUAAUUAUGUUUGUUUGGAUGUCAGGAUUCUGAGCACAGGGGAAAAUGGGAAGAAUUAUUGUUUUUGUUUGUUUGUAAGAAAAUCUGUGGGGUUAUGCAGUUAUUUUUAACAAUUUAUUGUGAUUUGUACAUUUCAAUACAAGAGCACUGUACAGACCUAA